AUGUAUGCAGCUCUAAAGCCUGUGUUGGUGGAGAAUGUAGAGGAUGUAGACUUUGAGAUCAGUAAUUAUGCACAAUGCAGUGAUGCCAUUGGAGAAGUGCAGGAUGCCGCGCUCACCCCUACGAGAGAAUCUCAUGGGAGAGACCGAGAAGUAGGAAUCCCUCCAGAGCAAUCCUUGGAAACUGCUAAGGCAGUAAAGGAGCGCUAUAGUUAUGUCUGCCCAGAUUUAGUAAAAGAAUUUAACAAGUAUGACACAGAUGGAUCAAAGUGGAUUAAGCAAUAUACUGGAAUCAAUGCUAUCUCAAAGAAAGAAUUUUCUAUUGAUGUUGGUUAUGAGAGAUUCUUGGGACCUGAAAUCUUUUUUCAUCCAGAGUUUGCUAAUCCAGACUUUACUCAACCUAUCUCAGAAGUUGUAGAUGAAGUAAUUCAGAAUUGCCCUAUCGAUGUCAGACGUCCACUCUACAAGAAUAUUGUCCUCUCUGGAGGUUCAACCAUGUUCAGGGACUUUGGACGUCGCUUGCAAAGAGAUUUGAAAAGAACUGUAGAUGCCAGGCUGAAAUUAAGUGAGGAAUUGAGUGGUGGCAGAUUGAAGCCAAAACCUAUUGAUGUACAAGUCAUUACACACCACAUGCAGCGAUAUGCAGUUUGGUUUGGAGGAUCCAUGCUGGCUUCCACGCCCGAGUUCUACCAAGUAUGCCACACCAAAAAGGAUUAUGAAGAAAUUGGACCUAGCAUUUGUCGUCACAAUCCAGUGUUUGGAGUCAUGUCGUAAAAUUGAUUUCAUAAUUAUUGGGGUUAGGGAGGUGGGGAAGAAAUAAUCUUUCUGAUUACUUGUUUUGUCUGGAUGGCUGGUUUUGAGGUUUUAAACCUGACUUGAAGUAAGAAGACCAAACAUAAUUAUACAGGAAUAUUUUAAUAAGUGUAUCAACAUGCGAAUGUAGAGGAGAGCCAAAAUGAUUAAGUGUUUUUCUUUAGACUGAAUAUUUGAAUCUUAUGUGUAACAAAAAGAAGUGGGUUUUAGUUCUUUCUGUGCCCUGAUAUUUUGUAUAUUAUUGAAUUAUCCAAGAUUUGAUGGGAUUUAUCGGUAUGUAGAUAGCUCUAUAAUGCUUGAGUUGUACACUUCUAAGUGUGCAAUGCAAGAGCUUGUUUAUAUUUCAUACUUUUUAUACUUUGAGGAAAAAAGUCAAAGAAAAACUAGUAUUUGAGGAGAAUCAAGUGACCAAGUAAAGGAUAAAUUAAAAAAAAAAA